GAGAGCGCGGGUAGAGGAGGGUAAUAUUAGGGAUUAUGAGGGAGAUGUGGAGUGAGAACAGAGAUAAGACAGUCUGGUCCUGCUCUCUUCCUGCAGCUGCAGAGAAAAGGUAAGAGAGAAAGAAAGGAAUACAACCUGUGACAGCGGCUGAGAGGAAGAAGAAUCAAAGAAGGAAACGAAAGGUGAAAAGAGAAGAGAACAAGAGAGUAGAGGAGAUUCUAAGUGGGCAGUUGUAGAGUUAUUCUAAGACCAGAUGAUGUCAUCAGAGUUCCUGUGUUGUGGUUGGCUGCAGCAGCUGCUGGUGGUCCUGUUGAAGCUGACGCUCUCCUACGCCGGCCCCAUUCGACCAAUGAGCAGCUCCGAAUGCUCUGCGCAAGGGCCCGCCUCCUACAUCCUGGUGUUCUCUGGUCACUGGAGCCCCCAGACCUUCCCCAAACAGUACCCCCUCUUUAGACCACCCGCACAGUGGUCCAAACUGAUAGGGGUCACCCACAACAGGCAGUUCCGCCUGUGGCAGGAGGGGGGGCUGGCGAGCCCGGGGGUGCAGAGCUUCGCUGAAGUGGGGGUGACGGUGGAGGUGGUGAAGGGAGCGCGGGACGCCAGGAAGAGAAGGGCCGUGGGCGCCAUGUAUCGGACAGCGGGCAUCGCUAACGGCAUCGGGCACAGCUCUACUGAACUGCUGCUACAGCCACGCAGCCCACUGCUCUCUCUGAUGGUGAAGGUGAUCCCCAGCCCUGAUUGGUUCGUAGGAGUGGACAGCUUUAACCUGUGUGAAGACGGCCAGUGGAAACAGGAAGUGACCCUUGACCUCCAUCCCUUUGACGCCGGAACAGACAGCGGCUUCACUUUCUCAUCCCCCAAUUUUCCCACCAGCCCCCCUGAGAACAUCACCCAGAUUACCUCCCAGAUGCCCAACCACCCCGCCAACUCAUUCUACUACCCCAGACUGACCGAGCUCCCGCCCAUAGCUUCGGUACGAAUCACCCGACAGGUCCGCUCGUCUGGCCGUCAAACUCCCUUGUCCAAUCACAUUUUACCAAACUCCAUCAGCCCUCAGCGCUUUUCAGAGACCCCCCUGGACUGUGAGGUGUCUCUGUGGUCGUCCUGGGGCCUGUGUCUGGGUCCCUGCUCCAGGGGAGGGCUCCGCCACCGCACACGCUACAUCCUGCUGCGGCCCGCCAACGCCGGCACCCCCUGCCCAGAGCUGGAGGAGCAGGAGGAGUGUACGCUGCACAGCUGUGCCAAGCAGCAGUGACCCCCCCCCCCUCAGGGGUUCCUCUCCUCCCUCCCCUGUCUCCCUCUCCUCCCUCUUCAUCCCUCCA